CGAAGAAGACGUGACGACAACUCAGCCAGAGAAAUAGCKACAGACGCAAGCAAAACAAGAAAAGAAAACGAUAGCAUCGUAUUGAGAAGAAAGAGAGCAUGGAUCUCCAAGCAAUUUUGGAUUCAUCAGACGAUUCUUCGUCAUCGUUUUCGGGUGGAAAUCACUCCUCGCCAAAUAAUCGGUCGCAUAACUCCAAUUCACACUCGGCUUUGACGUACAACAGCUACACUUAYAAUCACUAUGGAGGCGGAGGAUUAGAUGGAGGAGCUGGAUCCGAAGACGCGGUAGAUCUUGAACGGAUUUUGCGAGAGGACGACGACGAGGAUGACGAGGAAGAGGAUGGAAUGUUUACCAGAAGCACUGGCAGUGGCGGAGAAAGUGGAGGGUCGAUGUAUGACCGAAGAAGAUCCGAAAGGGGGUUGGAGGAUGAGAGGAUUCCUCGGCCAAAAGGACUGUCUUCGUCCCGCAGAGUGUCUUCGGCUCGAAGCAACAACACUGUUAGCAACAUGAGCCAGGCGGAAGAAUGGGAUAUCCUGCAAGCUAUUCUGGGAGAAGACGAAGGUGAUGACGACGAUGAUGAUUACGGAGGCAGCGAAUAUAGAUCACAAGCAUCGUCUUCCUACAUGUAUGGUUACAACGAUGGUGGCGAAUACGGCGAUGACGAUGAAGAACCCGUUCUGGUUCCUGCCGGGCAACGAAAUGCUGGACGCCAAACAAGCAACGAUAUAUAUGCGAUGCAAAAUCAAAGUCAGGUUGACUUGAUUCUCCAGCAAUCGAGUGACGAAGAAGAUAUCUUUGGCGAAGAAAAUGAUGAGGAUUUUUCCUCCUCAAUGAUGAGGCUUCGACAGCAGUAYAAGUACACUCACAACAACUACAGCAAGAGUAAAGAGAAAAAUCUUGAUGAUUGCAUAGAUAGUGAUAGCGAUUCCGAUGAUCUAGUGGAUGUGGGCAAUGUCGAUAGCUUUGCGACAGCAAUACAGUCCCAGGAUUCGGARUUGUCAUCCGACAAAAAGAACGAUUAUUCAAUUGUGGGGGGGCGUGCACAGCCGMCUCCUCCUCCACCAUCGUUACCUUCAAGGCGAAAGGAGCACUCGAAGACUAGAGAGAGAAGCAAAACGAAAACAAACGGUAGUAAGAGCAAUGCCUUGAUCGCCUCAUCGGGUAUCGAAUUAGAGAAGGCCUCGCGAAAGGCUUUGCAGGUAGCCCGGGCSAAAGAGGCCAAGCUCCUGAAGUCAACUCGUGAGGCACGAGACAAUAUUGUAUCGCCGCUUACCGUUAAACGCCGRCUCAAACCUAAGAUUGAUUUAGAUACAAAAUCUCAGCGACAGGCACAACUGCAACAUGAUAAAGCUGCAAAGGCAGCAACCAAAGCCAGCAACACAAAUUCGAAUGGGAGCAGCAAUAACUCUGGACCAUACUUUAAUUUUUCCGGUGGAGUUAUUAGUAUGAAACAGAUGCAAAGCGUAUCCAAAAGCAUUGUAGAACGUUGCCAUGCGAGUAUGGACGAUGAAGACCUACCCACGGCGGUGGGAAUCAAUUCCCGUUUUGUUGCCAUCGGGACACAAACUGGGGCUAUUCUUGUGUACGACCACUUCGAGGUGUUGAGACAGAUACUUGGUGGCGCCAAGCGCAUGACAUCCGCUGGAGACGAUCCGACGAGCAAUUCCUCAGGGAUCGGAGCUGGAGGUGAUAAUUCAUUCAAUCCAAAACUUGCUGGGGCUGUCACCACGCUUGAUCUAAGCUUAGUGCAAGGAGAAUUUUUGGCGGCUGGAUAUACUGGCGGAAACGUUGUUUUGUGGGAUAUUAUUAGGGGUAUUCCUCUCAAAAGUGUCGUCGAGACCAACAAUUCGCCAUAUCCCUCGCCAAUGGUUAGUGUGCGCUUCUUUUCGGCCGAUCUUAAGUUAGUCACUGUCGAUGCUGGUGGUUUGGUCAACAAACUCAGCUUUUCCAAGAACAUGUUGUGGUCGACCUAUGGGGUUGAAAUAGAUUGUUUGCUCGACGGGACAGCAGGACAGAUAUUGGCUCUCGAUGUUUUGCAACCAUACGAGUAUAUUAAGCAGCAACUUCAACUUCAGCAGAACAAGCAGCAGGACAAGACUAACCCCUCUAGCGAGGGUGCCGCUAAAAAGCUCAGGUCGACCAUGAAAAAACUCGUUCUGAUUGCGAUGAGUAGCGAACGGAAUUCCUUCGUGGUCGCUGUCGAACCUACAGUUCAGGUCCUUCAUCGAUGGUUAAAACCCGAUGAUGAUCGCAUAGAGGGMAAACGUCUUCAGGGAACCGAGCAAGUUUAUCUKCCUUGUCUCUCGUGGGGGUGGGCUCUCGUGAAUGGUGGGGGCAACGUGAUCAAUCCGAUUUUGGCAAGAGCCUGGGGCUGCUGUAUCCAGUUAUUAAGACCAAGUUUUCCUGAUUCAGGAGAAAGUUCUACUUCGCAAGGAGCAGCCAGCGAAGGUUUUCAAUACCCCGCCUUCGGAGUGCAUGAUGAAUUCGACGUGGAUGUGCCGAUUGUUGCAUUGGAAUGGCUUAAUGAUCGAUCACUAGUGUACUUAUCCAUGAACAAUGAAUUCACGGUUGUGGAUACGGUGAUGAUGACCCUUCUUGARCGACUAGAUUUCUCCAAUCUKAAACUAGUCUAUGCCGAAUUCUCCCUCAGCCGAAAGGUUGUUUUGGCGAAGCAAGAGGAAUACGAUGACGAAGAUGAGAACGAAUCGGAAAAUAAAAAGGAAGAUGAUGCUUCUCAAGAACAAAAGAYUGAAACCUAUUUCUGUACAACGUUUCAAAAUUCGUUUCGUUCCUGCGACAAGCGCCUUCUUUUGCUCUGCCAGGGAGAACUCAGAAGUGUUUCUGUUGUUGGAGCGCGUCCGCGGAUUUCGGGUUUGGAAAACGAUGGUGAAUGGCUGGAAGCGCUCGCUCUAGCACUCGACCACUACGAGAACACGAUCAAAUCGCAAGAAGACCGCAAACGCGAUCGACAAAAGGAUUUGUCCAAACAUCCCGGAUUGCAACCUAGAAAUGGCGAUAGUCUGACAGAAGAUGAAGAAUGGAUUGCCAAACUGCUGAUUCGGUAUUUGAAUAUUGCYGUGGAAAAUGCUCCCGAAACGAACAACGAUUUCAACUUCCCACCAGAAAUUCGAGAAUCCCAGAUGGAUCUUGCUCGGUCGCACUUUCAGAUGCUGGCCGGUGUUUGUGUGGAAUUUUGUGUCGUGACAAAGCGUCUUGACUUGCUAUAUGGUCCGAUUUUCCGCCGCUUCCAUUCCGCCGGCUUUUUGAGCGUCUUCUUGGACGUACUGGAACCAUACAUCCUGAAUGAUAAGCURAACUACAUUGCUCCUGAAGCUAUGAUGCAUUUUGUGGAGCAUUGCCGAACCAAUAACGGCAUAGCCACCGUYGAGAGGUGCCUGUUGCACAUGGAUGUGACCAUCAUGGAUUUCGAUACGAUACUGAAUCUACUUCGAGCAAAUGAAAUGUAUUCUGCUCUUUUCUACAUUUACAACCAGGGACUGAUGGACUACACGACUCCGCUAGAAAUUUUGUGCGAGAGUAUUUUCGAUGCGGCAGACACUCUUGGACAAAUAACAAACGAACGCAGAAUCGAUGGAGUAUUCCAAAAUGAUUUCGAACGCUUUGGAUACAAAGCAAUACUUUAUCUGCAGAACAUUUUUAGUGGGAAGAACUUUCCAAAAGGCACGGCAAUGGCAGAAGAGACCGUCCAUACUGUUCGGCCGCAGCUUUUGAAAUUCUUGUUGCAAUCCCGGUAUAAGCCGAGUAGAAGCAUUCGUGCACCGGCCCAGGUAAUCGGCCAGCGUGCUUUGCGAUAUCCUUACGCCCAUAUUUUGUUAAUGGUGGACCCCAAGGCGAUGUUUGACACGCUUUCGACCGCAAUGGAUGCUCCGGACAAAGAAUUUAAUACCAAUGGAACUUCCGGCAUCGAAUCCAUCGGUGGGUGGGAAGUAGAAGUUGGGGGAGAGAACAGUGUACAAAAUGCUGCCACUAGCAGYCGCAGCACAACAGGUGCACCAGCCCGACAAGAAAUCAUUGCCAUGCUGCUUUCCAUCAUGAUGCCUUCAAAGGCGGAUAUCAUGAUCACUCACCAAACAACACUAUAUCGAACAGAAUCUGCACUGAAUGCUUUCUUGGAUUUUUUGGCUGAUUAUCUCAUGAGAGGAGUUAUUCGCACUGAUAAAUCGGUUACGUUCAUGAUUCUUAACCGAAUGGCUACGAGGUACAAUAUGGCUCGAGAUUCCGAAGACCGCAAGAAYUGGCAAGGUCAAGUUAUUGCCCUUUUAUCAGCUCUGCCACGAAGCUCUUAUGAUAGCGACGAGGUAUUGAAACUUGUUGAGAAGUCUGGCAUUCAUCGAGCUUCGUUGCUCUUGCACCAAGAAGAGGCUUCAGUAUGGCCUCAUGGGAACAUGACCAUGGAACGACGAGCUAAACAUUUUUGCGCAGCUAUCGAUUGUUACUUAGACGACGACGAUMUUGACUUUCGCAAAGAAGUUUUUUCCUACGUCAAGAAGGAAUGCAGUGGCGCCUCUGACGAAGAGAAGGAGCCCAAUACGUUGCGCGACGCGCUUAUUACAAAGCUGAUAGACCUGGUUCUUCUCGAUCCAUUGUUGACCGCAGAGCUCGCUGCUGACCUCUUUGUGGACGAUCCGGAUUUAGUAAUUCGAAGCUUAGAGGAUGAGGAAGCAAAGUUCAUGUUCCUCAAAGCAGUUAUAUCCGGAGAAUUAUAUGAAAUGGAUUCCGUUGCAGGAUCCGUCUUGAAUGCACAAUUGACCACAGAACAUCACCAAGAAUACAUGGGUCUCAUGGCCAAACUCUACCCUGAUAUGGUCUACGACUACCUCUCGACACACAAUAAUUAUCGUACGGAAGAAUGUCUCCAUCUCUGUCAAAAAUAUGAUAUUGCAGAUGCAUCGGCAUAUCUGCUUGAACGUAUGGGAAAUGUGACAAGUGCAUUGCAGCUCAUACUGCAAACAAUGGAAAGCCGAAUGAUGAAUCUCAAACGGACGAUUCGGGGGAUAAGCACUGACACUUUCAAUAAGUACUACCCACGGCACUCGAAGUACACCCGAAUAUCGAAACGCGACUGUAUUAAUCCUGAGUUGUACGGAAAGCAAGAAAAGGAAAUUGAAGGCCUGAAAAAGAUUCUCACUGUUGCCCUUGAUGUUUGCGAGCGGAACUCGGGAAGCUUUUCUAGCCGAAGUGAAACUGAGCACGGAUCGCAGCUCUGGUUCAAUGUUCUGGACCGUCUCAUCAAUGCAAAAGGAUUUCUUCGUCUCUCGAAAGAGCAGCCCACCCAUGCCAAAGUUAUGGCAGGUGUUCUUAGUGAACUUUUGCGUUUGACAAUGCAACGCAUGGUAUCCAGCGUCCCCCUUCCCGACUUAGUUCGGAAGGUGACGUCCGACCAUUCUGGGAGUCGUCUCGGAGAGGUUCGGGAAAUGAUUGAAAGCCUUCUAAUUACAUACGGUCAAGAACUGGAUGUGUUCGGUGGUGCUGUCAACGUUUUUCACUAUGACUCUCACCAAAUGGAAAAGGCUCAUCACUCCUUGUGUGUUCGUGGAUCUAAUGUUCAAUCUGUAAUGGGGGUCACGCUAAAUAAAUCUUUCGCAUCAGGAAAGGCUAUGAAUCGAAUUGGUAACGAGCAUGAAAUAUUACAGCUAGGUGGACCUUCCAGCUCGACAAGGCGGGAUGCAAGCGUUGCAAGUGGUGGUCACCAGCGUUCGAAGGGGAGUCAUGUCAGUAACCAAGAACGAGGACUUGGUGACACMUUGUCUCGACUGCGUUCUAGAAGACGGCAAGGAGCUUCUUGUGGCAGCAUUGCGAUGGGUGCCACUUCCAAUGAUUCUCGCAUACGAAAAGCAAGUGGUUUGAAUCUGAUGACUGCGAAUGAGUUAUCCUAUCGMCGGGGAGAACUAUCCGAUGACGCGACAUUUUUUGAAGACCGAGCAGUGGGGCAACUUGGUGAGGCGCAACACCGCGGACGCAUCAUGAGUUUUAUUUACUAAGCUGGGGUGAUGGAGCCGUGGAUUUUGAUUGAAAGCAUUCCUAGCAACAUCCUGUAUAGUUAAAUUUUCAGUAUUCUAUUAUCAGAAAAAUCUGCAACAAUGCCUAUCUUUGAGUCGCUUGAAAAAUGUUUUCUGUAGGAAACUACAAAACUUCUCAAAAACUACUUUUCUUUUCCCGCGUACAGUAUAAAUACAGUAAGGCUGA